AGUUAGAGACAAGAGAGCCAGUACACCGACCAGUCAAAUAAGCGGCGCAGAGCAUACAGCAUACUCACAAAACAUAUCCCCGGACAUCCAGUAAGGAGAGAAGGAAACAAACGAAGAAGGAGGAGCAAAGCGAGAAACAAGAGAGACAAGCGACAUCCAAUAAAAACGAAAGGCAGACAUACAAGGACCAGGAGAAGAGAGAGAAAACAAAGAAACAAACAUGGAAACUAGCAAAGACGAAACAGAAGAUGACGGAGCAAAGAAAGAAACAAAUAAACAAGAGAGUAACAGUUCGAUCCCGGAGGAGCAGCUGGAGGAGACACGGACGACCCUGGCUGAGAAGCAGAGGCAGCAGGCGGCGAAGGAGGCAGAGAGCAGGAGGCGAGUGGAGGAACUGGAGCAGGAAAUCAAGGAAAAGAAGGAAAAGAGGGCGCAGUAUGAGGGAAAGCAGGAGAAACAGCGACAUCGAGUGCGUGAAAAGAAUCAAAUUCGGAAGUUGGAGAGGGAGAUAGCAGCACUACAACGAAAAUUGGAUCCGCUAGAGGAGAGUUUGGCGGCCAGGGCUGAGCUGACACACAAGGGGGCCAGGUCUAAGGAGCAGACACAGAAUGCGGCCACGGCUGAGCAGACACAACGGGCAGAGGGGGCUAAGGAGCAGGGGCAGCAGGCGGCCAGGGCUGAGGAGGAGGCUAAGCAUGCGGUAAGGGCUGAGGAGCAGAGGCAGCAGGAGGCCAGGGCUGAGGAGCAGAGGCAGCAGGAGGCCAGGGCUGAGGAGCAGAGGCAGCAGGAGGCAGGCUGCAGAGGCAGCAGGAGGCCAGGGCUGAGGAGCAGAGGCCAGCAGAGGCUAGCAGGAGGCAGCAGGGGCAGGCUGAGGAGCAGAGGCAGCAGGCGGCCAGGGCUGCAGGAGCAGAGGCAGCAGAGGCUGAGGGCUGAGGAGCAGAGGCAGCAGGCGGCCAGGGCUGAGGAGCAGAGGCAGCAGGCGGCGAAGGAGGCAGAGAGCAGGAGGCGAUUGGAGGAACUGGAGGAGAAAAUGAGGAAGAUGAAGGCCCAAUAUGAGAGUAAGGAACGGGGAAUGAGAAGCCAAAUUGACGAGCUUGAGAGGGAGAAGUCGGCUCUUCGGAAUGAGAAGUCUGGUAUGAGAAAGAGAAUUUCGGAUUUGGAAAAAGAGAAGCGCGAGGCACAGGAAGACCUAGAUGCCGUUAGGAACUGCCUGAAGGAGGAGGAGAAGGACAACGAGCAAAACCAAAGUUACUUGAAAGCGAGAAUCAAUAAACUAGCAGAUAAGGCGUCGCGAGAGAGCAAGGAACUGGUGGACGCGCACGAGCGGCUGGCCGAGGCGAACGAGAGGGCGAGGCGCGAGAGAGCGGCGAGAGAAGAGGCGAAGCACGAGAUAAAGACUCUCCGAGCAGAGGGAGGACAGAGAGAGCAAAGGAUCUCGGUCCUGGAGGAAUGGAAGGUAAAGAAGGAAGCGGAAUAUAAGGAAAAGGAAAGGGAGAUGAGAGAGGAAAGACUGAAGACCCAAGACAAGAAAUGGAAGCAACAUGCAAAAGACCUGGAAGAGAAAUUGGACGAAUUGAGGAACCGGGAGACGGAGGGAAGGAGGCAGACCACGAAGGAGGUCAACCACUGGAAGCAGUACGCGCUGAUCCAGGCUACCUGCUACAGAGACGCAGCAGCCUUGGAAUAUGGGCUUGCCGAGGGCGCCAGUCCCAACUGCAGAGACAGCGAAGGCAGCACGCCCCUCCACAUCGCCGCGUCCCUGGGCGACGUCGACGCCACUCGUGCGCUGCUGGAGGCUGGAGCCAAGACGGAGGCCAAGGACGGGUUCGGAGACACGCCCCUGCACACGGCCACGCGGGCGGGAUCUGUGGGCGUGGUGAAGUUGCUCCUCGACAAGCAGGCGGAUAUACACGCCAAAGACCAUGAAGAUAAAACAGCAGCAGAGGUAGCAGCCUCCUUGGGGAAAACGGAGGUGCUGGGACUUCUGUACGACGCAUCCCAGCCUCUCCUCCACAUAGCGGCCGCCAACGGCCACGACUCGACGAGCUGGAGCCUCCUUCAUGCCGGCUUUCCCCCAGGGGCAAAGUGGGAGGGCUGCCCGGCUUAUUCAUACGCCGCAGCGGAAGGCCACUUCAGUCUGGCCUCUUGCCUCGCGCUCGUAAGAGGCCGACCGACGUACUACCUCUUCCGUUGGAUCCCUAUCGCCUUGCCCUUUGCCUGGGUUAUCUUCAUCCUCUUCUUCUACCAUAAGAAGGGGCCCUCGAGGAGCACCGUGGAGGCCAUGAAGGCGAAGGAAGGACCCAGGGAGAAGAUCCCCAUUGGCGAGGCGGAAGACCAGGACUCGUGGCCCGAGACGGAUCCCGCCAGAGGGCCAGGCGUCGCAGGACCCCAAGGAAGGAGCCACACAAACGAGUCAACAUCCCUCGCUGACGCCUCACCUCCUUCGCCCUCAAAGGUGGGGUCGGGGGCGAAGAAUGGAACUCGCGAAAAACGGAACCAGAGGAACAGUAAGAUUUCUCCUCAGUCUUCUGACUCCUCAAAUCUCUCCUCAAAGGUCAGCGACGCUACGUUUAGUGAGCCAAAACGCGAACGUUCAAGACCUCCUCCUGGACUCAGAAACAUCGGCAACACUUGCUACAUGAAUUCUGUGAUCCAGUGUCUCUAUCACACGUUGCCAAUCACGAACUUCUUCCUUAGCGAGGACUUCAAGAAUCACAUCAACAAAAAGAGCGAGCAGCAGGGAAAGGUUGCCACAGUUUAUGGCAAUCUGGUAAGAGCAAUGGCCAAGGGGGGCAACCUUGUCCAGGCGGUCACAGCAAUGAAGCAAAUAUCCGGUGUCUUUGACGAAUACCUAAGAGACUACGGCCAGAAGGAACCGCACGAUUUCUUGGGCGUCACACUGGGCUGGUUGCAUUCGGACCUCGCGAGGCCGUCCAGCGACCCCGAGCGGCCCUCAGACAACUCCGUCAUCUCGGACCACUUCCACGUCCAGCACCUCCACGUCAUCAGCUGCGAGAGGCACCGGCGGCCGAUCUCCGUGAAGGCCGUGUCCCACUCCAACCUCACUCUCGCUGUGUGCUCCAGCAAGGGCGUCGACCUGGAGACACUCCUGUCGAAUUACUACAAAGCUCAGCACAUAGACUGGGACUGCGACCUGUGCGGGUCGAACCACAGAUGCCUUCAAGUAACGAAAAUUCUCCGUCUGCCGCCUUUCCUUAUCAUUCAUCUCAGCAGGUACAACGAAGAAAAUCCUCACGCUCCCAAAGUAGCAGUGAAUUUUCCGAAGACUCUUGACUGCAUGAAGAACUUCUGUAGCUAUAACAACGAUAGGAAAUACAGCAUCUAUGGUAUAUGUGCCCACGAAGGAACCAUGAACUUUGGCCACUGUGUCUCAGUCUGUAGACAAAGUGCACAAGGACAAGCCAGUGAAGAAGGCCGUGCAAGACAGUGGCACUUGUGCAACGAUGAAAACAUUUUUCCCAAAGUGGAUCAUAGUGUUAUAAGGAAUGAAAAUGCUCACAUUCUCUUCUACGAGGCCGUGUAAAAAUCUGUUGUUUCAACUUUACAUGUACUUAUGUUUUAUUUGAUUAUUAUUAUCAUUAUUAUUAUUAUUUUCAUUAUUAUUAUUAUUACUAUUAUUAU